AAAAAAAAGGAGAGCAGCGGAUGGGGGCGAAAGCGGGGCCGGGGAGAGAGCACUUUGGACGGAACCCGGCGGGGAAAGGACGGCGCCGAGGCUGGUCAGGGGCGCCCCGCAGCGUCCCAGGCGCACCUGUUGGGAAGAAAGGAAGGGGCUUCCCCCCGGUGUUCGAGGGAAAUCCAGUCCGGAGGGGCUGACUCGGAGCUUGGGACUCCCGGGGAGCCACCGCCUCCUCCCCAGCGGCGGUCAAAACCGGGCAAGCGAAGGGGCGUGACCCUGGUGCUCAGGUUUCUUCCUCCUCACCUGGGCUAGGAGGGGUGGGGGCCACGACUUCCGGUUCAGGUGAGUGUCCCUUCGGUGACGUCAGGUCACCCUCGGCCGCCCCUCCGGUCCCGCCUCCCCCUCCCGCGCUCCCGGGGCCCGCGGGCCGCGCCCCCGACGCCCUACAUAUACUCAGGUGCGCCCCACCUGUCCGCCCGCACCUGCUGUCUCACCUCCGAGCCACCUCUGCUGCGCACCGCAGCCUCGGACCUACAGCCCAGGAUACUUUGGGACUUGCCGGCGCCCAGAACCGCGCCCAGACGGCCCCUCCACCUUUUGUUUGGCUAGGGUCGCCGAGAGCGCCCGGAGGGAACCGCCUGGCCUUUGGGGACCGCUUUUGUCUGGAACCACCCUCCCGGCGCGAUCCUAUUCCCUCUGCCGCGAGGCCAUCGCUUCACUGGAGGGGUCCAUUUGUGUGUAGUUUGGUGACAAGAUUUGCAUUCACCUGGCCCAAACCCUUUUUGUCUCUUUGGGUGACCGGAAAACCACCUCAAGUUUUCUUUUGUGGGGCUGCCCCUCAAGCGUCGUUUGUUUUACUGUAGGGUCUCCCGCCCGGCGUCCCCAGUGUUUUCUGAGGGCGGAAAUGGCCAAUUCGGGCCUGCAGUUGCUGGGCUUCUCCAUGGCCCUGCUGGGCUGGGUGGGUCUGGUGGCCUGCACCGCCAUCCCGCAGUGGCAGAUGAGCUCCUAUGCGGGUGACAACAUCAUCACGGCCCAGGCCAUGUACAAGGGGCUGUGGAUGGACUGCGUCACGCAGAGCACGGGGAUGAUGAGCUGCAAAAUGUACGACUCGGUGCUCGCCCUGUCCGCGGCCUUGCAGGCCACUCGAGCCCUAAUGGUGGUCUCCCUGGUGCUGGGCUUCCUGGCCAUGUUUGUGGCCACGAUGGGCAUGAAGUGCACGCGCUGUGGGGGAGACGACAAAGUGAAGAAGGCCCGUAUAGCCAUGGGUGGAGGCAUAAUUUUCAUCGUGGCAGGUAUGAGUUUGGCCCUGCCAUCUUUAUUGGCUGGGCAGGGUCUGCCCUAGUCAUCCUGGGAGGUGCACUGCUCUCCUGUUCCUGUCCUGGGAAUGAGAGCAAGGCUGGGUACCGUGCACCCCGCUCUUACCCUAAGUCCAACUCUUCCAAGGAGUAUGUGUGACCUGGGAUCUCCUUGCCCCAGCCUGACAGGCUAUGGGAGUGUCUAGAUGCCUGCAAGGGCCUGGGGCUGAGCUCAGCCUGUGGGCAGGGUGCCAGACAAAGGCCUCCUGGUCACUCUGUCCCUGCAUUCCAUGUAUAGUCCUCUUGGGUUGGGGGGGGCUGUUGGUGGGAGAGACAAAAAGAGGGAGAGGGUGCUUUUUGUACAGUAAUAAAAAAUAAGUUUUGGGAAGCAGGCUUUUUUCCCUUCAGGGCCUCUGCUUUCCUCCAGUCCGGAUCCUUGCAGGGAGCUUGGAACCUUAGUGCACCUACUUCAGUUCAGAACACUUAGCACCCCAGACUCCAUUGACAAUUGACUAAAAGAUGCAGGUGCUCAUAUCUCGACAUCCAUUCCCACCCCCCGCUUAUUUAAAUAGCUACCAAACUACUUCUUUUUUAAUAAAAAAAUAAAGAUUUUAUUAGGU